AUGGAUAAGGAGUAUCAGGAGUACCAGAUAAGUGACAUGCCCUCCUUUAUUGGAUGGGCUUGUCACGGAAUUCUUAAACAGAAUAGGACAACGAGUGAGUUUUUAUUGAACUCUACUCAGUCGUUGCUAUUCUCUACACGUUUAUCAAUCCCAACUAUACUUGCUGGUUUGGAGUACAUAAAUCAACGUUUUUCAAACAAAGAAAUCUACCAUUUGCAAGAUCAGGAAAUUUUUCAGAUCUUGGUGGUUUCAUUUUUGUUGUCAAACAAGAUGAAUGACGAUGCUACGUUCACAAACAAGAGCUGGGAGCAAGCUAGUGGUAUUCCACUUUCUGUACUUAACAGAGAAGAAAGAGAAUGGUUGAAUGAGGUUAAGUUCAAUUUGGCAGUCACCAAGUAUGAAGCAAAUAUUUCUGUUUUGGAUCAAUGUUGGAAGACGUGGGUCAACAAGUAUGGCAGUUGCCAUUCUGAGCCACCAAGCUCUCCUUCAUACUACACACCUGAAGUUGAUUCCUAUUACUACGGUAGCCAGCAUCAUUCAUACUCUUCUCCAAUCAGCUACCUGCAGCAUUCUUAUUCAAACCCAUAUCCCCAACAUCAACAAUGCAACUAUCAAUAUCAAUAUCAACAACAAUACCAACCUACUUAUCAACUGCACACUCAGUAUUUAGCGCCGCCACCACCACCUCCAUCCUAUUAUGAUCCAGCAAUUGUUAGUGUUAAUUAUGGUGGGUUUAUUUACACCUGA